AUGGCUAAGACAAGGACCUCGUUAACAUUCUCUGCGCAUCCAUCCGGUCACGCCACUCUACACAACUGCCUCUUGGUCGAGGCUGCAUGCCAUUCUUCCCAUCUUCGGACAGGCGUGAAGCUUGGCUGUAACCCGACUUGGAUGGAGCAUGAGUCGCUACCGCAACAUCCCGAAAGCUUCACUACUUCCAUCUCCCAGCGAGAAUCAGCCCGAGACGCCCUGGCGCUUCGACAUAGCACUAAGGUCCGAGUCCGAGUCUUUUCACCUCUCAGCUGCGGCGUCUCCUACAUCUACUUUGUUCGCGCAUUCACCUCCCAGCUCUCAUCAACUCUGCUUUGUUUCCGUCUCCGGCCGAACCCUCACACGGACUUAGUGGAGAUCAAGAUGAGUGAUAUCUUUGACAACCCUCUCCCCAUCCCAGGCUAUGGCGGCGCCGAUGCCAUCCUCUCCCAAGCCGCCUUGUGCAAUUCCUAUGUGCUCGGCUGGGAGCAAACGUGCGCGCUCACCAAGACCGGCUGCCCGGGCCCCCUCUGCGCCGCCUGCCCCGGCCUGAUCGCCUCCUCCAUCCGCGGCUGCUGCUCCGCGGCCACACCGGUAACCUGCUUCCAAACCGCCCUCGCCUCCGCUCCCGCCGCCGCCGCCCCUCUCACCACUUCUGCCCCCACCACCCCAGACCCAAACGCCCUCUCCUGCCAAUCAGCCCUCAGCACCAUCUCCUCCUGCGAAGCCGCCAUAGCCAAUUUCGACGACCUCGCCAACAGCGCCGAGGCAAGCUGUGUCUGCUACGACAGUUCUGGCCGCUACAACGGGAACGGCUUCGACGGUCCGUGGAGCGCUUGUAUCACUUAUGCCAGCACGGCUUACCCGAGCGCGUAUGCGUUCUUUCAGAGUAAUCGGGGUUUUUGCUCGAGUUAUGCGGGUGGCGCGGUGGUUAGCAGUGGGUCGAGUGCGUCUGCGUCUCGGGUCAGUGGCGGCGGUGGGACGGCGGUGGCGGCGAGUAGUUCAUUGACAAGAGCCAGCACCGGCGCGAGCCCGGCUACUUCGACUGCGGCGGCCACGGCGGCGGAGUCGGGCACGGGUACUGGUACUGGCACCGGCGCUGGAGGUUCGGGCACUGGAGCGGCUUCUUCGGCGGGCACCGCUGUCGUUGGUAUUACUAACGGGACUAGAGCGACAACGGUACCUGCUUCCUCUUCUGCUGCUGCUGCAGCUGCAGGCUCGACUGCAGCAAGCUCUGCUACGACGAGUCGUCCGCCUGGCACUUCAAAGAUGGCAUCGGUAAGUAGUGUCCUGCUCACCCGCUCUACUUACGAUCCCGAUAUUGCAGCUGGCUGGCUAAUGAUAGGAUGA